UGAGCGGAUGACUUUUAUUUUGACGCGCUCACGGCCCGGAAGUCCUGCAUGUCCUCUCGUCGCGUCACUCGUGUGUCGUGUCUGUUAGCUAGCUGCUACUUAUAUAAACAACCCAGAAUUAAAAUAGGAAACAUCAGACAGCAGAGUGACAAUAAACACGCACUGCAUGAGGAAUGAGACGGAACUUAUUCGCUUACGUUUGUAAACUGCGGUAAAGAAAAGUGUUUCGGAAACACUGCUAUUUACAUUUAUAACCGAUUGUUUUUGUUGUUGUUGUGAAAGAACGCGUUGUAUUUGUUGCUCGGGACGGACCAUCCGUGAAUAAUCUGCUUCAUCUCUUAUGUUGGGGAUGUGAUCCUCUCUCACAUUAUGGUCUCAGCCACUCAUGUGACCAUGCCUGUCCAUCCUUUCCUGGUCCUGCUUCCCAUUCUGGGUCUCCUUGUGUUUCCAUAUUCACCCAUGCAUUUGGUAAAUGGCCUCGGGAUAGUGGAAAAACCGAAGAAUUGUUCCCUGAGUCUUUGUCCUGCAGGGGAAUUCGGUUCGAAGGCCCAGAAUGUUUCUUGUGAAAAUGCCACAAAUUUCAAAAACCCGUCAGUGGAACCAGAUGUGAACCUAAAUGACUCUGUCCAUCUGGGCAAAAAUCAGACUGGUGAAUCUGUGAUGCAAAAUCAGCUUUCUGACACAAACUCCCAAUCUUCUCCAGAUGGUUCUUCAAAUAAUGUCACACUUAAUGCUGAUGACUUCAUCUUCAGGACUUCCACUACCACAAAUCUGGCCACUUUACCAGACAAAUUUAUGACCAUAUCGACCACCAACCUUCAGACCACUCCAACAGAGAUGGUCCCCACAACCAUUACAGUGGCAAAACCACCAAUCACCUCAAUAACUCUGACAACACCAGCUGCGACAUCCACCAACACAACUAAACCUAAACCAAUCACAACCAGCCCUACACCCUCUCCAGCCAGCCCUACACCCUCUCCAACAACUAGCAGAAUAACCACCACCUCCAUAACAGUUGCACAAACCAUGUUUUCAAAACCGUCUUCUUCACCAUCACCAUCAGGGACCAAAACUUCCGCCAGCAUCUCACCAUCAGUGCCUACAACAAAUUCAUCCACUACUACCGCAAAACAAAUCCAAACUUCUCCAGCAUCAUCAGAUGAGAAGAAGCCAUCACCAACCACGCCAAAAACCUCAUUGAGCCCCUUAGUAGUGGCAUCUACACUGCCCAAGGACAUUCCCAAAGGGGACCAAGCCGUGAUUGAGGUGGCCGGAGACCCUUUGACCAGCCACCUGUUGAACACAAGCUCCUUGUUGGCCGUUCUUCUGUUUGGCCUCCUCUUCUUCUUGGUCACGGUGGUGCUGUUUCUCAAACAAGCAUACGAGAGUUACAAGCGGAAGGACUACACUCAGGUCGACUAUCUCAUCAACGGAAUGUACUCCGAUUCAGGGGUCUGACCAGGAUUGUUUGGUUUACCUUUCAGUAUAUUUCCUUUUUCAACGGUUGGUAGCAGAUCGACUUUGGUUUGAGACCUCUUGGUAGCACUCAAACACUUGAAAGCCCCUUACGACUUCAAGAUACGAGAAUCCAGUUGGUGCUCGAGUGUAUCUUUUGUUUCUAUGCAGAUUUAGCUUCCACCUAACUCUUGGCACACGGGGCUGAAGCCUUAGUAUUAACUUAGCCCUCAACCUUCAUUCAGUGAAUGUCAUUAUAAGGGAUUCAUAGUGCAAUACCUGGAAAUGUUUUGUCUAUUCUGUCUUGUCCAGUGUUUCAUCUGCGGCUGCUGAGUUGGCUGCAAUAAUUGCCUUUUUUUGUUUGUCAGAACGGUUCAGGAAAAUUCAAAGACAUGUUUAUGAAUUAAUGCCUUUUUUCUUUUGUUUUUUAAUGGGUGUGAGGAAUAAAUGCCAAACCAGGAAUUGUGGUACAGAAGCACAUUAUAGCCAAGGGAAUAACUCCGCCAUUGUGUAUUUAGUGUCUGGAACAAAGAUCAGAUCAGAGGAAGGGAUGAAGUAUGAUCGUUUGAUAUGUGCCAAAUUGAUUUUGUAAGUCUUAAUCGCUGCACUGUUAAAAAGAUGCAUAAUAAAGAAAAAACUUAUUUUGCACUCA